UGUCUCUCCUACGUCCCCUAUCCCACAGCCUGGUCAGCGCUGCAUCCUUUCCUUCAGACCAUGUGAUUUCGCCCACUCGUCAGCUUUUUUGGAAUUACGCGUGUCGACCUUAUUCAAGAAGAUUUUGGUUUUGUUUGAAUGAAAAUUUUAUUCACGAAUUUAUGAAGAGAGCUCGAGCACCCGUGUCUGCGUUAAUUUGCAUGAUACGGCAGCCUAGGUAAUCCACCCGGCUGGCCGGCGUGACUGGCGGAAUGAUUUAAGUCUGCGAACGGAGUGACUUUCCACCCAGGAGCGGGGUUUGGAUCAUACAAAUGGAGAUCACAAAUCCAACAAAAAUCUGACGAAGAACGAUUCAGAGGAAGGGGACUGUUAUUCCGUGACAAAUACAGAUGCUAAUUGGUCACGGUAGGCAGAAAAAUUAAGACACAAACUGUUAGAAUUUAGAAAGGCCACACUGGAAUUGCUUGAGAUACAGUAUUGCAUGCGUUCUUAUUUGCUUCAUCUGGCCACCUCAACAAAACACCGUUGUAGCAACAUUGGUCUAAUGUUUUUGCUUGCAAACAAACAGUUUUUUGUAAGUGACUUUGGAAUGUAGUCUUGGAUGACUUAAAUUGCCCAAAAUAUAUUCCCCCUUAUUUACAGCUAUUAACAUAUGAACGUUUUCAGAAUUUACCUGCAAACGAUCUGGGAAGUAUAUAAGGGAAGCAUAUUUUGUGAAUCAUCAGUCGCUGCUAGACAUAUGAUCCAUUUGUUUGUAUAUAGCGCAUACAGACGUUUGGCAAAUGGUAACAAAAUAUGACCAUAUGGUACAAAGAAUAACGACCCGGGGCUGCAGAGGUGUUAGAACCCUACGUAGUCUUACUGUCUGAACAGACGAUUUCAUACCUUUCUUAAAAUCUAUAAACAUCGACGAGUGUCUUGACGAGAGAAAAUAAUAUUUAUUAUUCAGGUGUGAGAUGAUUGCUAUUCAUUGCAUGUCUAUCAAGUUACCACUUUUGCUGACAUUUAUGACAUUUAACUGACACAGUCUGUAAUCUUUAAGUUUGGUCAGAAGAACCUGUCUUGGGUAACUUAUGUAGUUCACAGUGGCAUGACAUACAUUUCAUAUAGCAAUAACAUACCAAGAUAUUUCAGCAAUAAGCAUUAAUUUACUUUAUGGGAAUGUACACAUAAACCAAAGAGACAGACUCCUAUAUGAAAUGCAUGCUUCCAUUGUCCAUUUUAAAUUUAAAUCACUGUGCUAUUUCACUGAAAUGUCUUUUUCUCAGGUUGCUCAGCUUCCUUUGUAACUGUUUCACAGUCAGAUCCCUUGUGGUUUAGAUCAGUUGUCUUCCACGAUAUGCACUAAUUCAUUUUCAGUAUAGUUUUUUUUUCUUAGCACACAAACCUCAAAUUCAAGUCUUCCAUAACAAAUGGAAUGAAAGGAAAGUCAGUUAUAAAAUAAAUGUGAAUGUGAGAUGGUAGAUCAAGUUUCAAUCAGAGGAUAUUUUGUAUUUACAAAAAGCAGUACUGACAUGCACCAGAGUGGCAGUUUGGCUUAAAGCGAUUUGCAUCAGCGCAGACACACAUGUUUGUCUCUGGAUUAAAGAGUUGAACAAGGAUUCUGCGAACAGUUCCUGCCUGAGAUCUGCUUCUGGCACCUUGGGCACCCUCGUUCCCAACACAACACUCCGUGUGGUGACACCGUGGACACGCAUCCCCGGAACGGAGCGAGGAGGAGAGGAGCGGAAGGCUCUAGUGAAGUCACCAGACUAGGAGCAUCCCGGUGUACCCACUCCGCAUCAGGGGUGGGGUUGGGGCCACCCACAAAGGCCCCCUGGUCUACAGCAGCAGCGUGUUGGGAGUGUGUGUGUGAGAGUGUGGUUGUGUGCUUGAGACGCAAAAGGGACACAACUCCUCAGUGAAGAUGUCGGCAGUGCAGCUGCUGUGGAUGCCGGUGGUGCUGUGUGUGAUGCAGGGCCGGCUCAGCAACGGGGCAUGUGUGGAGGUGGAUUCGGACACGGAAGCAGUCGUGGGCCACGGCUUCAAACUGGGAUGCAUCUCCUGUAAAAUGCGGGGGGAAGUGCAGGCCUCAGCCACCGUGGACUGGUGGUUCAUGGCCAAAGGGGAGAGCGAGUUUAGCCACAUCUAUAGUUAUAUUGAUAUGACGGGCAUGGUUAAUGACGAACGCUUCCUGGACCGCCUCAACUGGAUGGGCAGCAAGAACACGUUCGACCUGCAGGACGGCUCCAUCUACAUCCUCAAUGUAACCUUGAACGAUACAGGCACCUACCGCUGCUACUUUGACCGAACGCUCACCUUUAACUACUACGAGUUCCGCACCAACAUCAACAAGACCAUCACCCUUAAUGUGGUGCCUAAGGCGACUCGCGGCACGGCGUCCAUCCUGUCGGAGGUGAUGAUGUACGUGUCGAUCAUUGGACUGCAGCUCUGGCUGUUGGUGGAGAUGGUCUACUGCUACAGGAAGAUAGCAGCCGCAGGGGAGGAGGCUCUGAGGGAGAGCGCAGCCAAACCCCCUCUCAAACUUCACCCCUGAAGCAUCGAGCUUAUUCCUGCUCCCCGAGGUCCAUCACAUUGGCAGGCUCUGCUGUAACAGUCAUCUGGUCUCCAGCCUGCCCCUCCAAACCACCACCCUGCUCUCAUCACAAAGACUGUCAAAGACGGUCACAAAGCACAAUUCCUCACGACCGUGUUUUAUUUCACCGAAAGCUCUGUAACUGUGUUGAGGUAUGGACUUUUACAAUCUCUGUAGUAAGGAAUCAGUGCACUGCAAGGGGGAUCAAAUAUAGCAUGAAUAAAUGUAUAACUUUAAACAUUAUAAUUUGUAUUGAGCAUAACAUGUAUAUAUGUAUUCUAAUAUUUUUGUUUUCUUUUUUUCCAGUCAAAAUAUGCUUUAUAUGCAAGUUAUAAUUUACCAGUGAGCCACUGGCCAUCAGAAAUGAGAACAUUAAUAUAAAAAGAGGGUAAAAAAAAUAAAUAAAUUAUAUAUAUAUA